AUGCCAGCAAGACUGAUCAAUGGAACUGCAAUCGAUAGAUCCCUCCGCCAGUCUGGGGAAGCUGCUCGCACAGCAACUUUGGCAGUUACCAAACUCCAUCAAGUGGCCAAGCGCUCCAAUGCGGAGAAGGUCAGUCUUUCUGAACUUGAUGAGCUGAGCCCCGAAACGCUGGCCGCUCUGACUCCUCGCCAGCUGUCGUUGGUUGCUUGGUCAGUAGGAAGACUGAAGCUGGGGUUUACGACGGCAAAGCAGGACUUGCCGGUGCUUCUGGCACGUAAAGCCCCUUUCAUGGAUGCGCAGGGCCUUUCCAUGACACUCUGGUCUUUCGCAUCGCUUUCCACUCCGGGCAUCCAUGUAGAAGUUCUUGCGGGCCAUGCUGCAUCGGCGAUGUGGCAGAUGUCGGCCCAGAGCAUAUCCAACACUCUCUGGGCCUGUGCGACGCUGCGUCAGGACCACAGUCCCCUCCUAUUGGCAGCCCAAGCAUCCUCCGUCCUCUCCACCAUUUCUCAUGCGACUGGGACCCAGGUAGCUGCGAAUGUCAUCUGGGCCACAGCGCUGCUGUCCGGUGGUUCGUCGCCUUUGCAAGAAGCGGCUGCAAGAGUGGCCACGUCACGUGCCCAAGAGCUCAAAGCGCAAGAAGCAGCAGCAAUCCUGUGGGCCCUGGCUGUGAGACCUCAGAUUUCUUCAAGCUCCAGUUCUGCAGCAGACCAGGCCUUGUUCAUCGUGUCGGAGCAUGCAGUGCGUGGCCUGAUGCCAAAACCGCUAGCUGCAGCUGCUUGGGCCUUUGCCACCCUUGCGCAGGCAGGGCCGUUCUGGUCCACGAUGGCAGUGGCAACAGAGAGGGCCUUGUGCACCAAGAGCUUUCCGCCCCAAGAGCUCGCCCGCACUUGCUGGGCUUUUGCAACGGUCCUCUACUCGCAGCAGGCUGCGCCCAGGCUGUGGGCGGCGCUGGGCAGUGCCGCCAUUCGCCAGCCAGAGUUUUCUCCGCAGGAGCUUGCAGCCGUGUCAUGGUCCAUGGCAGCUGCUCGGUUUGUUUGUUCCGCAUGGGCAGCGAAAGUCCCUCGUGUCUGCACGGGAAUGAAUCUGCGAGCCAUGGCCUCAGUUGCUUGGUCAUGGACAACCCUUUCUUUUGACAGCUGCUACCUCGAAGAGACCAUCAUGCCUGCUGCAUACACACAGAUCACAAAGUGCCUACGCCAACUUCAGAGUUCUGGUUUGGAUGGACAGCCCAAGUCAGAGAUGCACCGAGAGCUCCUAGACCCCGCGCUCCAGCUUGUGUGGGCAUUCUCUUUUGCAAGGGUACGAGCGGAGCCCCUGCUAGGGCUGGCGUCUCGGCUGGUUUCAGAAGUUGGGCGGAGGUGGGACUCUGAGCUGCCCAGCACAUCCCAAGAGAACAGGGCAGUUGAUGGCUCCCCAGCUGCAGCUGUGCCUAUGGAAGAUGGGCCUCAGAUUCUGCUCCAUGCUUAUGACAUUGUCUUCAUGCGAAAGCCACCUGGCUGGGAAGUUGACGGAGGCAAGGACGCCGUGUCACGUUUGGGAUCAUCUCCUCCGAAGCUGUCGACCUUUCUGCGGGGGCUCUGCCCGCGUUCCCCGGUGCUGAGGGACCCGGCUUCUGGGUUGCUGCUAAGGAAUCUAACUUAA